GAGAAGCGAAUCAGUACGUCCGCGUCCACCGCGAUGGCGGUCAUCCCGGCAAGGGCCGUGAGCAAGCGGAAGACGGCCUCGACCACUACAGCAUCGCCGCCUUCACCGUUCCCGAGGACGGCGCCUAUCGGAUUGAGUCGGGCUGGCUCGAGCGGCACGACGCAAAGCGAUGGGACAUCGACCGGGUGGUCGAUAUCGCGGCCCACGUCAAUGACGGGCCAAUCCUGUUCCAGCGAUUCUGUAACCGCUCGGGUUACGUCGCCUUCCGCGGCCCGCUAGGGAAUCUGAAGGCUGGCGACACGGUCUACGUCGGCGUGGGGCCGAACGGCGUCGAUCACGGUGACCGCUUCCGCUGGGGCUUCUACAUCGUUCGAGAAACCGGCGCAGAGAAGGCAACGGCCGUACCGGGUGAUCCCGGCGCGCGCCACCGCGACGACGCCGUGCGAGGUUUCACCCUCGUCGAGCUGUUGGUGGUGAUCGCCAUCAUCGGCAUCCUGGUGGCGCUGUUGCUGCCGGCGGUGCAGGCGGCGCGGGAGGCGGCGCGGCGCGCGCAGUGCCAGAACCAGCUCAAGCAAAUCGGGCUGGCGUGCCUCAACUACGAGUCGAGCAAGAACGCCUUCCCGGCCGGUUGCACCGGAAAGGCGAUGUACAACGACGACGACACACCGGGCGGCGUAAAGGCAGAGGUGGGGGAGAACUGGUGCAUCUCGUUGCUUCCCUUCAUGGAGCGGCAAUCGCUCCACGACCAGUACGACUUCUCUGGCGCCAAGCACUACAACUCCACCCAAGUGAAUGCGUCGGGCGUCUCGAACCAGCAGCUCGGGCGGAUCGUCCUCGAAGAAUUGGUCUGCCCCUCCGAUCAAGACGCGUUGCAGCCAUUCGCGGCUCACGGUAACGAUUGGGCAGGCAGCACGUACCGCGCGGUCGCCGGGAAGAUCGACCUAACCGUUCAGCCCAACCUCCUCUUCUGGGACCGCCUCAACACGAGUCAGAACGCGGCCCGGGCCGAAGCGAAGCAAUUCCAAGGCCCGAUCAUCGCGGCCAGCGAUCGGAUCAACUCCGAUCCGGUGCGGGUCGCCAAGGUGACCGACGGCCUGUCGAAGUCGGCGAUGGUCGGCGAGGCCGUCUCCGACCCCACCGCGAUCCGCCGCAAUGUCUGGGCGUCGGGUUGGCGCUACCACAGCAAGGGGCAUUUCAUCCGUGAUGAGACCGGCCGCAGCUCGAUCUUCCGCACCCCUGAUCAGACCUUCUGCGCCGCCAGCGCGCGCGAAGUUCCACCGGGACUUGGCGCCGACCCGAACCUCUGCUUCCGCGGCUUUGGCAGCGUCCACUCUGGCGGAGUGCUGCAAUUUGUCUUCUGCGACGGAUCGGUGCAAAGCAUCCCCGAGACCGUCUCCGACGAAGUCUUCCUGGCACUUGGUCUCGCGUUUGUUGCCUUACUGCUUAGCAGUGUGCUGUUGCCGGGCUGCGGAUCGGGCGACUUCCGGAUGGCGGAUGUUUCUGGUGUGGUCACGUUGGACGGUGAGCCGCUGGGCAACGCACGGGUCCAGUUCCAACCGCAGCGCAGCGGAGAAAGCAUCGUUGUCGGACCGACCUCGUUCGGUACGACCGACAGCACGGGGAGGUACUCCCUCUCGACCCGCAAGCACGGCAAAGGAGCGGUUGUCGGCACGCACCGCGUGAGCGUCUCGACGUUUGACCAACGACUGGUGGACCCACAGAACUCCGAUCGCGUUGAGACGCUAGAGGAAGAACGCGUGCCGGCCCGCUACCGCGCGCCGACGGAGCUCGUCUUCGACGUGCCCCGUAGUGGCUCCGCAGAAGCGAACUUUGGCCUGCAGAGUAAGUGA